AAAGUACUGUAUACUCUCAGACCAUCAGUCACACAAACAAACACACUUUCUCUCUCUCUAACCAGAAAGCAGCAGUAUCAAACUUAGAGUGAAAAAAGUGACAAAAGCUGCUUUCGAUCUGACAAUGUGGGACCAUCAAAACAUUCAUCGGAGGUCACCGAGGUUGUCGGAAGAAGGAGGAGGAAAGAGAGGUGCUAAGUUGACUGACUGUCAUAAUUCCGGUGAGAAACAGACCAAUAAUAGUCAGAAAAUGAAAAAAAGAGUUAAUUCUUCUUCUGUUUCUUUCUUGAUCGGUGACCCAAUUCCCGAUGAUGAAGCUCGUCGUCGAUGGCCGUACAGAUACCAGAAUAAGCGCCAAAGAAAUAAUCGAGGGAACAGAAAUUCGGCUGAUGAUGAUGAUGAUGAGCUGGUUUUGGAUGUAAAAUGUCAUUAUUCACAAGCUGAAGUUGUGAAUCAUGUUUUCAACAUAGGAGAUUGUGCAUAUGUAAAAGGUGAAAAACGUAAGAAGAACUUUAUUGGUAGGAUUGUUGAAUUCUUCAAAACCAUGGAUGAUGAAGAUUAUUUUCGAGUCCAAUGGUUUUUUAGGGCUGAAGAUACGGUUAUAGAAGAUGAGGCAAAGUGUCAUGACGAAAGGCGGUUGUUCCUUUCCGAUCUUAUGAAUGACAACCCAUUAGAUUGCAUCGUUUCAAAAGUGAAGAUCAUACAAGUUCCCGCAAGUGUGGACUUAAAACCAAAGUCUCUUUCUGCCUUUGACUUCUAUUAUGACAUGAAAUACUUUGUAGACUACACCACAUUUUCUACAGUUGUUGAUGAUGAACCUGGCCUGUCAUCAUGUGAUAACAUGAAGAAGAUACAAGCAAGCGGCCUCAAGCCUAAUUUCUGGAACUUUUCUGGCCACAAGCCAAAAAAGUCUGACAUGGCAUUGUUAGACUUGUACUCUGGUUGUGGGGGAAUGUCAACCGGAUUAUGCCUAGGUGCUAAAUUUGCUGGUAUCAAUCUAAAAACAAGAUGGGCUCUUGACAUUAAUAAAUCCGCUUGUGAGAGUUUGAGAUUAAAUCAUCCCCAAGUACAAAUAAGAAAUGAACCAGCAGAAGAAUAUCUCGGCUUGUUGAAAGAAUGGGAUAAACUUUGUAAACGUUAUGUUGAUAACACUGGAAAUAAGACUAAGUCUUCUCCUAGGGUUCAAAAACAGUCUCUGUCACAGUUACAAUCUCAGAGAAGUAUGAAUUCGAGCAAGAAUAAAAAAUUAUCUGUUGAGUAUGAGGUUGCUAGCCUUGUUGAUAUCUGCUACGGUGAUCCCAAUAAACGUGGCAAACAUGGACUUCAUUUUCAGGUGCGUUGGGUUGGUUAUGGCCCUAGUGAGGACACAUGGGAGCCAAUAGAGGGGCUAAGUAAUUGUCAGGAGCGGAUACAAGAAUUUGUGCUAAAAGGCUAUAAACUUGGGAUUUUGCCACAACCGGGAGAUGUUGAUGUGAUAUGUGGUGGUCCUCCAUGCCAGGGAAUUAGUGGGUAUAACCGUCAUAGGAAUGUUGAUAGCCCUUUAGAUGAUGAUAGGAAUCACCAAAUUGUGGUGUUUAUGGACAUUGUGGAGUUUCUCAAGCCAACAUAUAUAUUAAUGGAAAAUGUGGUUGACAUAUUGAGGCUUGCCGAUGCCCAACUUGGAAAAUAUGCAAUUGGUAGAUUGAUUCAGUUGAAGUAUCAAGCAAGUCUUGGAAUUAUGGCUGCUGGUUGCUACGGCCUUCCACAAUUCCGUCUUCGUGUUUUCCUAUGGGGAGCUCAUCCUAAUGAGAGAUUACCACAAUUUCCUCUUCCUACACACGAUGUGGUAUUGAGAUACGGUGCACCAAAUAAGUUUGAGCGCAACAUUGUUGCAUAUGAUGAAGAUCAGUCUCCAAACCUCGAAAAAGCUCUUGUUUUAGAAGAUGCUAUAUCUGAUCUUCCACCGGUGACAAACAAUGAAUCUCGAGUAGAGAUGUCGUAUAGAAAGUCUCCAGAAACGGAAUUUCAAAAGUAUAUUAGAGCAAGUGAAUGUGAUAUGAUAGAUACUCCUGACGCCACUCCACGAAAAAGAAGAUGCAUUCUCAAUGAUCACCGACCGCUUAUGUUAUCCGAGGAUGAUUACGCGCGGGUUUGUAAAAUCCCCCAUCAAAAGGGAGCAAAUUUUCGGAACCUACCAGGUUUAAUCAUUGGAAGAGACAAUGUUGUACGGAGGGAUCCAGAAACCGAUAUAAAAUUACCAUCUGGGAGGCAACUGGUUCCUGAUUAUGCAAUAAACUUUUGUGGAGGGAAAUCAAUGAGGCCAUUUGCUCGACUGUGGUGGGAUGAGACCAUACCCACGUUAUUGACGAGACCAGAUGUCCACAAUCAGGUUAUUUUGCAUCCGGAGCAAGACAGAGUUCUCACUGUUCGAGAGUAUGCAAGAUUACAGGGUUUUCCAGAUUAUUACAGAUUUUGUGGGAGUGUGAAGGAAAGAUACUGUCAAAUUGGAAACGCUGUUGCCGUCUCAGUAUCUAAAGCUUUAGGGUAUAGUCUGGGCAUGGCAGUGCAAAAGCUGACUGGGGAAGGUCAUCUCAUGACUCUACCAGCCAAAUUCUCUCAUAUCACAGCCGAAGAAUAUCUGAAAUCUUCAAACAAAGGAGACCAAAUAGAUGAUAUUUCAGUUUCUGAUAUUGCUCAUGUACACUAGAUUGAGGAGUGACAGAACAUAAGUGAUUUUUUCCUGAUAAAAGGAACAGGUUUCACAGCCUUCAAGGAAACUUGUGAUAAUUGGUUUGGCAAUUUGGACAUUUUCGAUUUGAAACUU